UACACAACCAUGGCUGACGUUCGCGACGGUAACAUCUACAAAAUCGUCAACGUGAAAGGGCACACCGUCAUCGAUUUAAACUCGCACGACAAUAGGUCUGUUGCCGGAUAUAACUGGCACGGUGGGGACAACCAGAAGUGGGUAGCAUCGACCCAGAACGGGCUGUGGUACUUCAAGAGCGUCGCCACAGGGAGAUACCUCGCCAUUCAAGGCGAGGCGUCCGAUAACGCAUCUGUUGUCGGAUCCACGAACCCUUUUGGCUGGAACAUCUGGCCUGAUGAGGAUAACGUCAACGUUCUCAGGAUUUGCGUCCCGAACACCAGGCAUAACGUCGACUUGUCUGAUCAUGGAAACCCGAACCCAGGAACUCCCAUCACUAUCUGGGGUCGGUGGAAGGGUACCAACCAAACUUGGACUUUCGAGCAAGGUUUCUCGCACUACAGCUAACUAGGUGAUUAUUUGGCAGAAUUUGAAAUGGAAAUUCGACAUGUAAAAAUAAAUCCGAGUCGUUGUGAUAUACAUGCG